AUGGGAGACGAGCCGGUCCUUCCCGGUGUAUGCAGCGCGACCACCAGUCCCGAGCUGCCCCUGCGCUUGAUGCCGGUGGCCGACGCAGCCCUGCGUCCGAUACCGGGCCGAGAAGCUUUGCGGGUGGCUGAUGUCGGUUGCUACAAAGCCUUGUUGGGCCUUCACCUUGUGCAGCGAGACGCCGGCGUGCGUGUGCUCGCAACAGAUCUGGCUUCCGGGCCUCUGGAGCUAGGUCGCAUGCUGGCACGCGGAUUGCCAACCGACCAGUGCCGCCGUAUUGACUUCAGGCUCGGGGAUGGCUUGUCCACACUCCACCCGGGCGAGGUGGACGUGGUGUGUGCGGCAGGCAUUGCAGCAGGCAAGCUGUCUACAUGGAUCCCGACGGCGCAGUUUGCGCAGCGCCUUGUGCUGCAGCCCAGCGUGCCAACCGCCCCCGAGGCAAUGAUGGAGCUGCGCUGCCGUAUGGCGGACUUUGGCUGGGCUCUGCAGGAUGAGGUGCUGAGCAUCGAGAAAGGGGGCAUUUGCCUCACUCUCGUCGCUGAAGCUGCUGGUACUUCGAGCUUUUCCGCUGAGGCAGUGCCGCUGUUGCCGGCCGCCCCGCACUCCAGGAUUCGACACGCACUGCAGACUGGAGCAGAGGACGAUCCUGAAGUCGAAGCCUUCCUGGAGCUCCUCCAUGAGUAUCUGGAAAGAAGUGGUCCUGGCAUGUUGCGUGAGGUACUGCAGGAAGAGCUUGAUUCCCUGAACACCCUCCUGCACAAGCGUAGAUGA